UACUCUACUUAUUUAAUUAUUGAGAGGCUUAAAAGGCUGUUAAAAUUAGUUAGCAUUUAAUACUGAUUUCUACACAGAUGAUAGAGAAACAGCUGAGGAGAUGAUGGAUCACUACAUUGAAACAGGGCGUGUGACAGAAAAAAGAAAAACACCAGCAACUUCAGAUCAUCUGGACUCCUCAGAUGAUGAGUGUCUAAAGGAGAAACAGAAAAAGAUCAGAAAGAGCUACUCCAGGUGCCAGGAGGACUUAAAGACAAAGUUCUUGAAACUCCAGGAGAAAGACAAGAAGUGUGAAGAUGGUGAAACAGUUAAUGAUGAAGGACAGGAUCAGGUCAUUGGAAAAGAAGUAUCUCCCCAGCAAGGUGAUGAACAGAAGAAGUCCGUUGAUGAACAGAAGAAGGAUGAACAUGAUAAGGUCAAAGAAGUGGACUCAGCUGAUAUUGAUACUGCCAUCGAGGAGACGUCAUCAUCAGAAAAUAAGGAAAAUGAACAGAUGUCAUUCAGUAGCAAGAAAGCAACACAAAGAGAGACACCAUUUAGACCAAAGAGAAUUAUGGAGUUUGAGGAGAGUGAAACAAGUCGUAGCAGCCAUACCUUAAAGAAGAGUAGGAUUGACAGGAGGUCACGCUGGCUAAGGAACAUAGAGGAAGUCGUCACCUCUGAUGAUGAGGAAGACCUGCGACUGACGAAGGACCAGCUCUUCACCAAGUGCCAACUCCAGGCAAUGGAGCUGCAGAAAAAGUCCAGAGAAAUCAUGAAGCUCGAACAGGAGAACCAAAACCUGAGAGCUGCCAUAGCUUUGGCAACAGAGCUUCCAGAACUCCUGCAGAAGAUAAGGAAAGUUAAGAGCAGUGCAUCCCCACCAAGCAGCACCUCAGUUGUGCCAAGGCCAACUGCCACCACCUCAUCUGUUCUUCCAAAGACUCCAAUCUUACCACAGAGGAGUCCUUUGACACCAGUGACACCUGUUUCACCGGAGGACAACAAUGCAGAAGAGGUUUUGAAUUUCGGCACCGUCCAACUGGUGAAAAAAGAUGUCUUUCGGCAUGUUGGAUCCAAGUCUUCCCAUCUUGUUAACUACCUAAUGGAGGAAGUUUUUACAGACGAGGAACUUGGAACAUGCAGCUUGACGGGUGCCAAAGGUCGCUGCAAGGAUUCAACUGACAUCAAGCCAGCCCUAGAUGGGGACAAGCUUGCAGACAUCAUAGCUUUCACCAAGUCGCAGUGGAGUGUUACUGAAGACAAGAUUAAGAAGAUCAUCAGAAACAAGCUAAACAACUGCCACAAAAAAGCCAGGGUAUCGGAGAGACCUCCUUCCACCACUUAAGAAAGACAACAAUUUUUACAGACAUUGAUUGCCAUUCCACAUUUUCACCUGAUGUGUCUUGGGCGCUUUGACCUGGCGGAGACCAUCCCUCUCCAGGCUGUUAGCCACAGCCGAAGACCUCCGCUACAUGGAACCAUGCCUUGGCCCUGGACACUUCCAUUUUAGUGAUUUAAAUAGUAUUCUCUGUGUAGUAUUUAUUGUAGUUAAUAGUGAUAGUAUUUAUUUUUUAAUGUUGUCAUAUUUAUUCAUAGUGCUUGCUUUUUAACUUA